CGCAGCUUGCAGCUGGUGUCUACGGACUCACGUCAUGCUGCGAAUUUCUGCUCUCCGGCUGCUGGGACUCCCGGGGUCCUGUAAGGUCUCGCUCGUGGAAGCGUCUGGCCCACGUCACUACUGUUCGGGCCCUCUCAGUUACCGCGACGGUGCCCGCGAUAAGCGUGUCUUCUUCACAACACCCAUUUUCUACGUGAACGCGGCGCCACACAUCGGGCACCUGUAUUCGGCACUCCUGGCGGAUGCCCUGUACCGCCACCGUUGCCUCCGAGUCCCCAGCGCUGCCGCCACGCGAUUCUCCACUGGCACCGACGAGCAUGGCCUGAAGAUCCAGCAGGCGGCAAUCGCCGCAGGCCUAGCCCCGGCCGAGCUGUGCGACCAAGUCUCUGCCCAGUUCCAGCAGCUUUUCCGGGAGGCUGGCGUCGCCUCCACCGACUUCAUCCGCACCACCGAGGCGCGGCACCGACUGGCUGUGCAGCAUUUCUGGGGGGUGCUGAAGGAUCGGGAUCUGCUCUACAAGGGGCUAUAUGAAGGUUGGUACUGCGCCUCCGACGAAUGCUUCCUGCCUGAAGCCAAGGUCACCCGGCAGCCAGGCCCGUCAGGGGAGGACUGUCCCGUGUCUCUGGAGAGCGGACAUCCCGUCUCUUGGACCAAGGAAGAAAACUACAUUUUCAGGCUUUCACAGUUCCGGGAACCUCUCCGGCGGUGGCUACGGGACGACCCUCAGGCCAUUACCCCUGAGCCAUUCCAUCGUGCAGUUCUUCAGUGGCUGGAGGAGGAGCUGCCCGACCUGUCUGUCUCCCGCAGGAGUAGCCAUUUGCACUGGGGCAUUCCGGUGCCUGGGGACGAUUCCCAGACCAUCUAUGUAUGGCUGGAUGCCCUGGUGAACUACCUCACUGUUAUUGGCUACCCAGGUGCUGAGUUCAGAUCUUGGUGGCCGUUCACGUCUCAUAUCAUAGGCAAGGACAUUCUCAAAUUCCAUGCCAUCUAUUGGCCUGCCCUCCUCUUAGGGGCGGGCAUGAGCCCUCCACAUCGCAUCUAUGUCCACUCCCACUGGACAGUCUGUGGCCAAAAGAUGUCCAAGAGCUUGGGCAAUGUGGUGGAUCCCAGGGCUUGCCUUGACCACUACACUGUGGAUGGCUUCCGCUACUUUCUCCUUCGGCAGGGUGUCCCCAACUGGGACUGUGACUACUAUGAUGAAAAAGUGGUUAAGUUGCUGGACUCAGAGCUGGCAGAUGCCUUGGGAGGUCUUCUGAACAGAUGCACUGCCAAUAGAAUAAAUCCUUCUGGGAUUUUCCCCAUCUUUUGCACUGCCUGCUUCCCCAGUGAGCCAGGGUUGGUGGGGCCAUUAGUUCGUGCUCAGGCAGAGGACUAUGCUCUGGUGAACGCAGUGGCCUCUUUGCCCAAGCAGGUAUCAGACCACUAUGAUAACUUCCAGAUCUAUAAGGCUUUGGAGGCAGUAUCCAUCUGUGUCCGGCAGACUAAUGGCUUUGUCCAGAGGCAUGCACCAUGGAAGUUGAACUGGGAGAGCCCAGUGGAUGCUCCCUGGCUGGGUACUGUACUUCAUGUGGCCUUGGAAUGUUUGCGAGUCUUUGGAACUUUGCUCCAGCCAGUCACUCCCACCCUAGCUGACAAGCUGCUGUCUAGGCUGGGGGUUUCUGCCACAGAGAGGGGCCUUGGAGAGCUCUGUUUCUUGCCUCGGUUCUAUGGACAUCCUUGCCCCUUUGAAGGGAGGAGGCUGGGACCUGAAACUGGGCUCUUGUUUCCAAGACUGGACCAGUCCAGGGCUUGGUUGGUGAAAGCCCACAGGACCUAGAAACUUAGUUCUUAUUGACUUAUGGUAAAAAAGCAAAUGUGUUAUUUUUAUAUUUUGCAUUUUCAGGAAAGUUAUACUAAUAUAUUUUAAGGCAUUGCAUCAGAUGAGCAUGUAAGUUCUGUCCCUGUGAAAAGAGGUUUGUAGUCUUUCAGGUUCCUAUCCCCUCCUCUUCAGUUUCUGUGCCCAUUAACCACUGUCCUUUGGGCACCAGUGUCUCUAGGGUGUCUCUGGGGGAAGAUGGCCAAGAGAUGUUGCUAAUACUAUUCUUAUUGUGCCCCUUUCAGACAAACCACAAGUAGUUUAUUUGCCCAGACUACCUCUCAUGGCAUGUUUUUCUUUGGCCAGGCCUCAGUUUCCUGGGCAAAUUAGUGCAGUGACUCCUACUAUUGAGAGGAGGGGUUGGAGGCUAUGCUUUAGGCCCCCUACCUCAGCUUUUACCAGAGUAGUCCUACUUUAUUAUAUAUGUUGGGUCUCUAUUCUAUUAUUAAAACUUUGAGAAACAGUAUCUUAGUUUAAAGGAUUUUUGUCUGGGUUCAUCCCCAUAUUUUCAUUUCCUACAAUCAUGACUCACUAAAUUUUUGUUAGUUAAUACUCCCAAUACUGUGUUUUGUAACAUUACACUUCAACCAGUAGAUGGCUUUAGUUUCAAACAUUUAAUCCCUGUACAUUGAGGUUUCAGAAUGUUUAGAAUAAAUUUGUUUAUUUUUAAUUUUGCAGAUAAUUACAUUUUUAUUGCUUUUUAAAAAAUAAGGGAUAAUUAUUUGCCAUUACUGUGUUUUAACAAAAAGGAAUAAAAUCAGAAUCCAGUUUUCAGACUACUAAAAAAUGACAUUUACUCUAUUAAAGGUUUGGUAAGCUAACAAGUAAAUGUAUCAAGUUUGGAUUACCUAUGAUAAACCAUAAAGCUCUCUUAAAAUAUUUGGUAUAUUAAAAUUUAAACUUUAAUAACAUUUGGUUACAGGUAUGAUAAAAAUCUGUAAAUAGUUAAAAGGGCAUUAUUUUCUUCACAUUUUGUAUAGUCUUAAUUUUGUUAUCCACAGGCAUAAUUUACCUUAUAUGAUUUUUUUUGUCAGUCAGGAUUUCUAAUACAAUAUAGCAACUGUAUAAUAAUUAUAAAUGUGAAUUUACUGUCAGGUAGUUUUUACUGAUUAUUUCGUUUACCCUCUUAAGUUAUUAAAGUUUAAAAUUUGUAA